GAGUUUAACAUAUCUGAUCGGUUCGAUUCUAGAAGUAUUAAGCAUUUUAAAAAAUGUCAUACGAAUUUAAAGGUAAAAGAGCUUUAGUUACCGGCGGUACAAGGGGAAUUGGAAAGGAAAUAGUAAAGCAAUUAACAAAAUGCGGUGCACAAGUAUACGCUUUGGGUAAAGUUAAAAAGAAUUUGGAUGUUUUGAAAGUUGAAAUCCCUUCUGUUGAAAUUAUAUGCGUGGAUCUUUCUGAUUGGAAGAAAACUGAAGAGGUUGUAAGCAAAAUUGGGACUAUUGAUUUUCUUGUAAAUAAUGCUGGAAUUGUAGACACGAUUCCAUUUGGAGAAAUAACUGAAGAAAGUUUUGAUAAUUUAUAUUCUGUUAAUGUGAAGCCAAUUAUUAACAUAUCACAGGUUGUUGUAAAGAAGUUAAAACAGGAGAAGAAACCAGGUGCUAUUGUUAAUAUAUCAAGUGUGUCAUCAUUGAUUCAUUUGGGAAGCAUUAUCUACAGUUCAGGGAAAGCUGAGAUAGACAAAAUUACAAAGUCAAUGGCUGUCGAAUUAGGGCCUCAUAAGAUUCGAAUAAAUAGUGUUAAUCCUGGUGUUGUAUAUACAGAGAUGUCAAAGAGCUAUUUAGAUGAUCCUAAAACAUCAUCUAUGUUGAAAUCAUUCGUUCCAUUACAAGAAUUUUGCAAUACCGAAGACAUAGCAUACGUUGUGUUGUUUCUAUUAAGCGAUAAAGCAAGGAUGAUUAAUGGAAUAACUCUUCCUAUUGAUGGAGGCCAAUCUGCUAGAUAAAGAUGUACAGCUUUUAUAAACAAACAAUUAAAAUUCAAUUGUAUCGAUACUAAUAUAAAUUGUAAAUUUUUCGUUUGUAUCUUAAGCGUUAAUUAAACGACUUUUUGCAUUGUUUUAACACUGGUAAAUGUAAAAAGUACUUACGCUUAUCUAUUUAGAUAGUAUAAUAAAAUUAAGAAUCACUUUUUUUGAACUUCACUA